UAGAUGUCAGAUUCUCCGACCCAGCUUCCCAGGUGAAGAUAAUUACUCCCGGCUGUAGCCCAAUCCUGCUGUAGCUUUGAGUAUUUUGCGGCACUGUUCAAUGACAGUUCCUUGGGUACUUACAAGAAUCCGAGAAUGGGUUAGGCACUACCACAAUCUGCGCGGUUAAAUCUCUUACCUGGUUCCAUUCCAACGUUUCCACUAUCUAGUCCGAGGCAAACCGUCAGGUUGCGGGUCUCAAUAUGUCACUCUUCAACUACCAAUCCUGGUCUAGCCCAGAGACUUGUUACAUGCAAACUUUAGGCGCAUUGCCUAACACUCAUGUCUAUAUGCGUCCGUCCCUUCAUACUGGGACCCUCUCAGUCCGGCCCUGCAUUUCUGAAAAGCAGGUCCAGUGGAGCGUUGGCUGAGAGCGGAAGCACCUCUUUGCGUCAUGUCUGAAGCCGCUGAACCCGUAGGGUUACUUUUUAUAAUGAGGGCUUCUGGGAACUCACAUACUAUUAGGUUCUGAAACAGUAGUUUUCCUACUCACCAUCACGGAAAAUAUACAUCAUGGCUACACAAGAUGUUCUCCAGUCACAUUCAUAUCCUCAGUUUCAGUCUCGAGGGCAGAAUCUAUCAAUCUUGUAUGGGCCUGUCGAUCCUCCAUUAGUAGAUUUAACGUUGGGUGAACUUUUAGAUCUGCAAUGUCAACAUCACGGAACCCAAGAGUGCAUAGUAACUCCAUGGACAGGCGCCCGGUGGACAUACAAUGAGCUCAAUCAGCAAAGCUCGCAAUUGGCGAGAGCAUUGAUGUCAAUCGGCAUUGGUGUUGGAGACCGUGUAGCAAUCAUGGCUGGAAACUGCGAGCAGUAUGCAGCUGUUUUCUUCGCGGUGGCACGCAUUGGCGCAAUACUCGUCAUCCUUAACAACACCUACACUCCAACUGAAGCUCAAUAUGCUUUGAAGUUCUCAGAUAGUAAGGUUUUCUUCACGACGAAGAUCGGCAAGGUCGAUAAUUCGCCACUGCUCACAGAGCUGGCAGCGCAAAAGGAACGACCUGAUGUCGUUAUUCUGAGAGGAGAGUCUGGCUCUUAUCCCACAUAUAACGACCUCAUUAAGCAGGGGCGGAGGAUGAGCAACGACACUCUGUACCGCAAUGGCCGGAAAGUCCUCGCCCAUAAUGUCUGUAACCUCCAAUUCACUAGUGGGACGACCGGCUUACCGAAGGCGGCGAUGUUAACGCACCACAACAUCGUAAAUAACGCCCGUUUCAUCGGAGACCGCAUGCGUCUUGUCCCUGACGAUAUCUUGUGCUGCCCGCCACCACUGUUCCAUUGCUUCGGCCUUGUGUUAGGUUUAAUGGCCGUCAUCACCCACGGAGCCAAGAUCGUCUACCCAGAGGAGACAUUCGAUCCUGCAGCCGUGCUCCGCGCCAUUUCCGAUGAGCAGUGUACUGCUGUGCAUGGCGUACCGGCUAUGUUUGACACACUCUUUAGCCUUCCAACACCCCCGGGUUUCAACUGCGAUAAUCUCAGGACAGGCAUCAUCGCUGGCGCUCCUGUUCCUAGGUACCUAAUGGAACUGCUGAUCUCGCGCUUUGGUAUGACCGAGUUUACGAGCAGUUACGGGCUGACCGAGGCGUCGCCAACAUGCUUCAACGCCUUCACGGAUGAUGCCAUAGACAAGCGGCUCACGACCGUCGGGACCCUAAUGCCGCACGCGCGCGCCAAGAUCGUCGACCACGCGGGCAAUAUCGUGCCUGUGGGCGCUCGGGGAGAGCUCUGCAUCGCGGGAUAUCAGUUACAAUCGGGGUACUGGAAUAACUCGGAGAAGACGGCCGAAGUGAUGAUCCGCGACGAGGCGGGCGUGCUCUGGCUGCACACAGGCGACGAGGCCGUCUUUGACGACCAGGGUUACUGCACCAUCACGGGCCGCUUCAAGGACAUCAUCAUCCGCGGCGGCGAGAACAUCUACCCCCUCGAGAUCGAGGAGCGCCUGGUGGCGCACGCCGACAUCUCGCGCGCCAUCGUCACCGGCGUCAAGGACGCGCACUACGGCGAGGUCGUCGCUGCAUUCCUCUACAGCGAGGCGCCUGCUGCCAAACGUCCGUCUGCCCAGCAGAUCAAGGAAUGGGUCCAGCUCAAGCUAGGGAAACAUAAGGCGCCCGCGCACGUCUUCUGGUUGGGCGAGAACGGCGUCCCGGCUAAUGCCCCGCUGACUGGGAGUGGUAAGGUGAAGAAAUACGAGAUGGCGCGAUUUGGAGAGGAGGUUUUGAGGAAGCAGCGCCUUGAAAGGCUCUAAUCAGCUCUAUAUUUCAAAUCUAAAGGAGCGAGUGCAUAAGGGAAGAGGAAUUUAGAUAGAGUGGUGUCUUUAGA